ACCCAUCCACACCGCGCAUCGCUGCCGUCCUGUCCAGACCCCGACGCACGCCGCCGCCGCGCGCCGUUGUCACCAUCGCUGCGAGCUCAAGGAAGCCAACCCAAGCCGCCUUUCUUCAUCUUCUUUGCCACGCUCUCGUUGUCGAUCCUCCCUUGCCGAAGCCCUUGCUGAUGAUCCUUCUGCCAACCCCCUUAUCCCUACCUUCCUUUCCGGCUCGCCUUUGCGGUGUGCACGUGCACGCGACGACCUUCCUCCCUCCCCCCUCACUCCCACUCAGUCACUCUUCACUCUCCUCACGGUCAGCAUGGGAAAAACAAGCUCCAAAGUACGACAUGGCAAUGCUGUGUCGCGUGGGCAUGAGCUGGUGCAUGUGGUGGAGCCACCGCUGUUCGAAGAGCUUCCGCAGGUGCGUGGAACCGACGACGACGACUUUGUGGUCCACUCCAUCCUUGUCCGACUUCCGGGCAUCGUCGACUCGGUGCUGGCCGAGGGGGCGUGGCACGGGCCAGAGGCCUCGGCGACGGCCCGCAAGGCUGCGCAAAAGAGGCUCAUUGCUUUACGGACGGCUGCUGCUGAGGGGCAUGUGCCGAUGGAGGCUGCGCCGGGUGCUUGGGGCAGGGCUUACUGCGCUAGUCACGGAGAUGAUGCUGACGGCGACCAGACGUGGCUCUCUCUCCCUUGGUUUCACGUCGAGCACUGCUUUUAUGCCCACAUGCGCGCCAUCGUUGCUUCUGCCAAAGGAUCGGACAUGUUUGCACCGCACAAGGCCAAAUCGCUCGCUGCCGCACUUCCCUGGCUUGAUGCUGCGCUCGCGGCCAUGCCCGACGACAUCCGCACCGGUGCCGAUCAGGCGCUUGCCCGCGAUGCACUUCCACACUAUCUUCAGUUGGCACUGUGGGGCAAUCGUGGCGAUCUCUCGCUUUCGGCUGGCGCGGUCGACGCAGCGUCGACCAGCCGUUCUGACGCAGACAACGCCGCUGCGCUCCUGCAAGACGACUCCGACGCGUGGCUUCGCGCUGUCGCCGCCAGCGCCGGCACAAUCGCCAUCAUUCUUGACAAUUGCGGCCACGAGCUGCUUGCCGACCUCCUCCUGGCUGUCGUCCUCCUCCGCGCCGGCGUCGCCACUGACAUUGUCUUCUACGCCAAGGCCGAGCCGGUCUUUGUCUCGGAUGCCAUGCCGCAUGAUGUCAAUGCCCACCUGGAGGUCCUGGCAGAGCGAGCACCCGAGCUGGCGGCUCUUUUGGAUCCGACACUCGAUUCGCCGCGGCUCCGGGUUGUCGCCCACUCGUUCUUCACCUCGCCGCUGCCGUUUGCCGACCUGGCUGCAGCCGCGCCCGAGCUAGCAGCUCAGCUCUCAGCCUCAGCUGGAGUCAUUACCAAGGGUGAUGCCAACUUUCGCCGGCUCAUCGACGAUCGUCGCUACCUGGUCACCACCCCUGCUGCUUCAGUCAUUGACUACGCGUGGGCGCCGCUGCUGGCCGUGCGAACCACCAAGUCGCCGGUCGCCAUCGGCCUUUACAAAGACGCAGUGGAGGCGGCAGCUGAACGCAACCCGACGUGGUGUGUCGACGGCUCGCAUGGCAUGAUGAUCUUUGCGCCGCGGGCCUCGCCCGAGGGUGGACUCACUGUUGCCGACGUGCCCAUCGAGAUCUGGUGCGAGAUCAUGAAGUUUGUCGACUGGGAGUCGCGCAUCGCUGCCGGCCACACUUGCCGCCUCCUCCGCGCCGCUGCCCAUGAUAUUUUGUUCUGGAAGCCGCACAUCAAGCGAUACUUUCCGCGGGCUAUUAUCAAGCCGCCGUCAGAGGCCUCGUACCCGUCCCAGUGGCUCGCCCGCCUCGUCGGUGAGCGCGACACCGCCAUCAAGGACAUUGGCCUCUCGGACCAUCACAACCGCAACAACUGGCGCACCGCCAUCUACCUUCUCCUUGCUCUCCACCCUCAUCCCCUGUUUAUCGAUCCGAAGCUCUACCGUAGCCAUCUCGACGACUUUGCGACAUCACAGACCACGUCAUCGCUCGACGGGUGGCGCGGGACACCGCUGUUUCAUCUCGCCAUUCGCUGGCGGUCGCUCGGCCUGUUCCGCCUCCUCUUUGAGGUUGAAGCCGAAUCCCACCACGGCCUCAACAGCGCCUACGUCGGACGGACGCCACUCAUCGAGGCUGCAGCCUGCGGCCACACAGACAUGGUUGCCGAGUUGCUUGCCGCCGGCGCAGACUGUGCCGCGGAUCCGUCCCAAGCCGGCCGCACCGCGCUCUACUGGGGCCUGCAGGGCCGGUACUGGGACAUGUGCGACAUGCUCCUGCAAGCCGAUCCGAACCAGCUCACCGAUGCCACUGCGUACGAGAUGCUGAUGCGGAGCGUGCGUACCAAGGACCUGCGGCUGGUCAACUACCUUUGCAUGCACAAGGCACACGUGGUUAAUAUGGUAGCGGCUGCACAGGCCUCGAUUAUCACCGGCGCUGUCGAGGCCGACUCUUCAGGCGCCACGCUCGACGCGCUUUUUGCCCAUGCUCCCGAUGCUGAUGUCAACCGGCCAUGUGUUUUGAUGCCUGUGCUUGCCGCCGCUCGAGUCGGCGAGCCGCGCCUCCUGCUACGGCUCGUUCUUGGCCACGGUGCCAGGCUGACCGAGGCCAAGGCUGAGGUUAUGUCGCCACCGCUUGUCAUGGGCUGCUCGUGGAUCGAUAAUCUGUGCGCACCAGUAGCCGCGCUUGUCCAUGCCACCGUCUCGGGCUCGCGGCUGAUGGUGCGCCUGGUUUGGGCGCUGACUCUGGCCGAGCUGGCGCCCGAGUGCGACGUCGUUGACGCCGCCGCUGCUGCCGGCAUCUUUGCCGACUCGAACAACGUGACCGAAGUUAGCUGCAUCCAGCUGCUGGAGACUGUCUUUCCGCUUGCCUUGUCGUCGCUUGACCUCGAGUCGGUGCGGGAGCGCAUCUUCAUCUCGUUCUCGGAUGCGCUGCUGUUCGCCUUUCGCUGCACUCCGCGGCCCGAGCUUUAUGCCAUGAUCAGUCUCUUGCUCGACCUGCUUCAGCAGACCGGCCCGCGGCCGCAACCCGGUGCACUCAAGCCGCAGGUUCUCGACAUGCUGUACAAGUGCGAGCGGCACUUGUCGUCGUCAGAGGUUGUUGAGCUCUGCCAUGGGCUCGUUGCGGCCGGCGCGGAUCCGUUUGCGGACAAUGAGACGGCGAGGUCGACCGCCCCGUUUAUCCACGAUCUUCUCAAGAUGAGCAGCUUGUGGAGUGCCGACUUUCGGUCGGAGCAACUUGGUGCCGUGACCUGCCGCACUCUCCCAAAGCUGCUACAUCCUUCGGAUGCGGCGCUUGGGCUGUUGGCGACUACAGUCCGGUCUGUGCCAAACGGCUUUGACCUGGUCCUCGACCAGGGCUGCGCCGCCGUCGCCGGGCGCGAUGCCAAGACUCUUGCUGCCUUUGUAGCACUGGCGGACAAGUUUGACUCCCGCGACAAGCUGCUCGCAGCGCUCGCGCAGCCGGUAACUACCACUCAGCUCGUCCGCGCACCGUGGUCCUCGGCCAUUCCGAUCCAAGCCUCGGCGUGGCACUUUGCCGCUGCCGCCGCCUGUGUCGAUUCGGGCCGCAUGCUUGCCGAGCUGGAGGUACCUGUCCCGGACGACAUUUUGUGGCUCAUGCUGGCCCCGCUUGCCGGCUACUUUGAUGUGGCCAUGGAGGACAGGCUGCCGGCCUUCUGCGCCGUUCUCGUCGAGCUCUCGCCGGGCAUCUUUGCCACGACUGAGAUCGACCCGCCACCUCGGCUGGACAAUGUGCCGUUCAACGGCAAGUACGGAACCGAUUGGAGCGAUGCGGUGCGGUUGGCAAUAGCGACUGGCUUGCCUGGCGUGGUCGCGUGCGCUGUUCGCUCGCUCCCUGCCGAUACGCCGCGGAGGCCGGGCCUGAUGGUCCUAGUCGUCCGACUGGCAGUCAAUGCCAUCCGCGGCUACUUGCCGCCAGCGGCGGCUCCCGGCUUUGCCGCCAUGAUCGCGACGCUUGCCGACGUUCCCUGGACCGGGCAUGUCGACGACGUGCUCGACGCGCGAGCUGGUAUCGUCGCCUUUCUUGCCAACCCGGACGUGCGGGUCAAGCAAAAGCUCAGCAUGCCGACCAAGGCUUCCGGCGCUGGCUGCAGCGGAUACACCUACAAGCAUGCCGGCCAGUUUCUUUCAUCCAUGGACGCCGAGCUUGAUCUUGCUCCGGCUCACACUGCGCUAGCGCAUCUAGAUGCUGCGCUCCUCACGUACCUUGGCAAUGCCAGCGAUGUCGAAGCUGUCAUCGCAAGCCACACGCUCUCGACCGCCGCCGAAGAGUUACUGGCCAGCCUCGGUGGCCCGCUCUCGCCCGCAUUGGAACCCUCCGUGGAGCUCAUCGAUUGAACACGAGCUCCAGAUCCGA